CAAAAGUUUUAGGAAUUUUGAGAUUCUUUUUAGAAUGCAGAACUUCAGAGAACACAGCGAGUCUGCGAUUAUCGUUUUUAUCAAAUGUUUUUCUGGAUAAUUUUUCGCGUACGGAUUUGAGGAUGGAUGGUCAACUGCUGCGCGAGUCAAUUCCGACAGAACAACGCGCGUCCGUGUUAGAUACUACGCUGAUAAGCGUCAUAAGCGUGAUAAUCCGCAAUGAAGUCGCCACGCAGAUCGCAGCAAACCACGCUGCGAAGCAAGCAGCUUUGGAGUCGGAGAAGGAAAAUCGACUACUGAGUGGGUUAAAUUCGGAAGAGCAAGGCGAAUCUCUGAUUGAUACGGCGCUGAUGAGCGCAGUCCGCAGUGAGGUCGCCAAGCAGAUCGCAGCGAAUACUCAGGAAUGCCAGAAAAGUGAAAAACCUGUGGCGCACUGCGAGUGUGCUUCAAAGAUCGCUGUUUUGGAAUCGGAGAUGGCCACUAUGAAGAGACACCUACAACUGGAAGACACUGGCAGUGUUGUGGAUUUUCAGCAGCCUUGUAAUGCUCCACCUAUCCGUGCGUUCUCGGAUACCUCGUCCCUAACUGAUUGUCGCGCGUCUGAAACGCCUGUGUCUGAGGAUGAUAAUACGAUGAUAAUGGAAGGAAUGCCUGACGCCAAGAUUUCGCUGGCGGUAACCAAACUGCUGCAAAUGGUGCACGAAUUAUUGGGACUUAUAAAAGAAUUCACCGAACGAUCGACGCCCGACGCAGAACUGGAUCGGAAACAUGUGCCGGCGAAUUCACGUAAAAGAAAAAAGAAAGCAGACUCCAAAGCGUCCAAAUGCCGACCCGCUGUAUUGCGAUGUGACCGUGCGGAGGAAACGGAGAUUAACGAAGAGAACGAAACUAGCAUGUUCUACGAGAGCGGUUGGGCCGUGCGGCUUUCCUCAAGGCUAAAGAACGUUAUAAAAAAAUAUGAGGGCGAGGACAACUCACCGGCAGUGGAUUGGGCCAUCUUCGAUGAUAACAACGACGACUGUCUGGAUGAUAGUCAACGUGUUGAUGGGGAAGAUGAAGUGAUUAUGCGUUUGGAGGCUCUAGCAGCCGGCGUUGCCAAUAGAGCCAGCAGAGCCAAAAGCAGUAUUAGUAUCGAAGCGCCUCCACUUCGAUAUGUCGAUCCGCGCAGAUCUGACUUUAAACACGGGGAUCGAGUAUCCACGAAGCCGAAUGCACCCUUACAACAAGCGGUAUAUCCAAAGCCUCGACAUUCUUAUCAUCCUUUAGAAGGAGAAAAAUCAGUUAGAAAAACACCAAAAAUUAAGUUCCUCCAAUGAGGAAACCUGUGGAGGCGCCCCAUGAUUCAGCUGCAUGUACGAAGGAUUUCUGCUUAACAUGCUCGGGCCAAAAGUAUAAAAAGCGACGUCUUGAAGACUAGCUUUAUUUUUGUCAGUAUUAUGGCGUUCUUCCAGAAUGUUGUUCUUUGCAUAGCACAGCACAUUUUAUAUCCUAAUGGAUAUGUUUUUAUGCGGUGUUAUGACGCGUCAUAUUUCUGUUUGUACAAUAGUUGUAAUUAUUUAAAGCCGGAUAUAUUUCCAGUGUUUUGUUGAAAUUCGUCGAUGGUUCACGUCGUUAGAAAACGAGUUAAUAAACAACA